AUGGGCAAAGCAGUAUCGAAAUUGACUCGAUCAUUAGGUUUUUCUGAUAAUAAAGCUGAUAAUGCUGCAAAUGAUCCUGAAAUACCAUCAGCACCUAAUCCUCCACAAUGGGAUACAACAAUUGAUCAAUUAUUUGGCGAUGCACCUCCUGAUGACAAUGUUAUUGGUCCACCAUAUAUUCCAGAUGUUCCUAUAAAACCAAGAAGACGACGAAGACCACCACCACCACCUCCAUCAAUCAUAAAUCGUGGUAGAAGAAGUCAUCGAGGAGCCGUACAUUCGUUGAAAACACCUAUUGUACCAGAUAUUCCUAGAAGAUGUGCUACAGGUAGAGCACACGCAAUAAAUGCACCAUUUGGUGUAAAUCGAAGACCAAUUGUUGUACCAGCGCCAAUUACUGAACGUGAAAGAUCAACUCGAAUAGCUGCUUCAACUAAUUUUAAACGACGACCAUCAAGUCGUCGAAGAAGACCAUCAUCACAACGUAGUCAACGUUUACAAGAAUUACUUCAGUGUCCUGUUUGUUUGACACCAUAUACUGAACCUCGUCUUCUUCCAUGUGGUCAUACUUAUUGUGAUGAAUGUCUCAAUCGUUUAAUGCAAAAUAAUAAUGAUGUCGUGACUUGUCCAGAAUGUCGAAAACAACAUUUAGUUCCUGAAGAUGGUGUUUUCCCACCUAAUUUUGUUGUUCGUAAUCUUCUUGAUGAACAAGCUAUGUCAACAGGUUCAAGACUAAUGACAUCAGGCAAUCUUUCGUUGAAUACUGGGGCGACGGCUAAAUGUACAACAUGUGAGACAUUUGCACCCUUACGUCUAUGUCGUCAUUGUAAUUUCAUGGUAUGCGAUAGAUGUUUACGAGCACAUCGAUACGAACUUGUUCUAUUUUUUGAAUUUUUUUUUAGUGGUAAACUAAUACAAUUUUAUGUAGCUGUACGUAAAAUAACUCCAACUAAUUCUCAAGUAAAACGUUUAACAAUUGAAAUGCCUGUGGGUAAUUAUGUUCGAGAUGCAUGUGAAACACUUAUACAACGUAUAGCGGAACGUGAACAAUUGUCAUCAAUGACAAAUCAACUUGUACUAGAAUGUGGUGAUAAACGUUUAAGACCUCAACGAACAUUAGCUUCAUAUGGUGUGCAAAAUGGUGAUCUACUUUUUCUUUUUAAUCCUGAUCAACGACUUAGUUUUCUUGCUUAUGAAGAUGAAGAAAGUUUAUCUGGAUUAUCAUCGUUGCCUAAAAGAGAAAAUCCUCGACUUAGAUCAAAUAGUUAUAAUAGUAGUACAAGUGAUAUUCGAACAACAACAUCAAAUGACAUGAUUUAUAAUCAUCGAUAA